AUGGAUAGGCGUCGGACACCUUUUCUCCCGCCGCGGUGGCUCAAGUGCCCCCGCGUGGGCAGCAUGCUCUUGGAUCUUUUCAUCCCCUGCAAAACCCCGCUGGACUCAAAAUUUAGCCAAGUUAUUGACCAGGAAGAUGUCUUUGAACCGGACAACCUCUUCGAAUACGUAAAGCCGGUGCGUCUGCUGUCGUGCUAAUCCAUCUUUAAUCUUUAUUUUUUAAACUUUCUGGAGCAAGUUAGAACUCGGGUUCUGUGUCUUUGUGUGAUAAUGGUCUCUCUUUGUGUAGGCCUGCCUUGGGCUGAUAAUCGACCUCACCAAGAGCUCGCGCUUUUACAACCGCCGGGAAAUUGAAAAUCGUGGAUGUAAGUACGUUAAGAUUGCCUGCAAAGGCAAUGAGGAGACGCCGACACUGGAACAAGUGAAGUUGUUUAUCAGCCUGGUCAACAAGUUUGAAGAGAACGAGGCCGGAGAGGGCAAAAAAAUUGGUGUCCACUGCACUCACGGAUUUAAUCGGACCGGUUUCCUGAUCGCCGCCUACCUUGUUGAGGAAAGAAACUUCAGGUUAGUCCUCAACCGUUCCUUUUUUCGGCAGGCAUGACGUUUGGAUUUUCUCCCCUGAGGCACCCCCCCUCUUUCCUGGUUUUGUUCUACCAGUCUCGAAUGUGCUCUCCAGCUGUUCGCCGAGGCCAGACCACCCGGCAUCUACAAGGCGGAUUACUUGAAGGAGUUGUUUGAAAGGUACGGCGAUCCAGAUGACUGUCCGGCUGCACCACCUCUCCCUGAUUGGUGCUUUGGUAAGCAAGACAACUGUUGGAGCUAGCUUCUGUCAGCGAAGAUAUAAUAUUUGUUCGACGAUCAAGAAUCUCUGUUUUUUUCGUUUGGUAGAUACAGAUGCUUGGGUUAGGGUAACUGAAUCCUCUUAUCCGAUUUAUGGUGUAACCAAAAAAGUACGUGAGGUUUUCGUCGAAGUUCGACCCAAUGACUUGGCACAUCUUAGUGAGACUUUUUGGGUUCAUGUGUUUUAUAUGUUUCAUGUAGCACAAGUAGGCGUCAGUUAAUUGGAUCACCUUGUUAUGUCAUUGCCUCGUGUGUUGAGAUUUUUCUCUUAUUUUAUAGUGUUCUUUGACUAGCGUGUAAUCCGACCAUAUUUGACUUACGAGUCUAAAGUUGGGUCAAAGAUAUGUGUCGUAAGAUAUGUGUGUGUCAAAAUUGCCCCCCCCCCCAAAACGGUCCACCUGGUAGAUGUGCUGGACCAACACGGGGGCCAUAUCUGAUUCUAGCAGGCGUUAUCGGAAUGCACACCACAACAGAUGCCAACAUUUCGGCGUGCUGUGGCAGGUCCGGCUGCACGCAAUCGCUGCGCAUAGUGAGACCCCUGCCGCCCCCAAUUUUUGCUGUUAGUUGAAAAUCCUGGUCAUUCGCUGUGUAGACCAGGGGCUGUGGAGUGGAGCUCCAAGGUGUGCGCUAGACCGUGUCAUCCGCCUGCGCCUCCGGUCUUCAUGACUCUGUCUGGGCACCGAGUCCAAAUGAGGAUGGAGGAGGAAGUGCGGUAGAUGCUGUGCAAGCCUACUACCAUUAUAAAAGGACGAACAGCACAGAGGGGGUUUAAGCAGUUUUUCUCUGGUUAUGUUCGUGAAGACCCUCUGGGAUUUACGACGGAAAUUUGCGGGAUGCUGGUAAAAUAGUAAGAUUACCAUGUCAAUAAUUCUCGGAAUUUUCUAAAGGAAAUGACGAAACAGUGAUUUCUUUACUGUAGUAGCAAGCAAACGUUACAUUAACUGUCAUAAAGUGGUCAAAUAGCACACAUUUCCAAGGCGCCGCUGCGCUCCUAGAGGAUUGUGGUAUGUGUAUAGUAGACAGUUGUCAGCACCGUCCACUAUGGGUUUGUCGACGAAGGCCGAACAAUUACGACCGAGACCCGCUCAAUACAAAGAGAACGUGUAAAGGAUGUGUUGUCUUAGAAACGGUCGAGACUAACUAAUCGGAAGGUGUUAUUCUUGCAGGGCAAUUCAAAUCCUCAUGCUGCGAGACUUGCCUGGUAAAAAAAUGAAUGUAUUGGGAUGAGAAAUUGCAUCUCACACUCCACAUUCUCUUGACAUUUCUCCAAUCGACAGUCACCUUUCCUGGGUACCAAGUAACCAAAUGGGUAGUAGACAGUCUUGCAAAAGAGAGGGAAUUAAAGUAGGGAUCGGUAGGUCUAAGGAAGAAACUUUCUGCAGAAAACGGGAUUCGCAAAGCGGUAUCUCGUUGGUAGGUGUCUAAGAUCUUGUAGGUGAUUGUUUUAGUAAAUAAGACUUUGUGAGGAUGUGUGCCUUUGUUUGGUUUGUAAUAUACAGAAUAGCACGAGUUUUUGUGUACCUGCUAUGGUACUCCGAUCGCGGAGGUCAAAGCAGAUGUCCGUUUUGAUUUAUUGUGCAUCGACUCGUUUUGCAUUUCGGUUCGUAUUACCUCCCACGCUGCAUGCUUAUCGCGUUGUUUGUUAAUGAAGUCGCGGAUUAAGUAGGCAUGAGUUCCAGGCAAAACUAAACGACAUGAUAGUCAAGGAGGGUGGAGGCCGCCUUUGGCUGUAGUUAGUCGAACAUACCAUAGCCCAAGGUCCACAGGACCCGGGCUUUGUGCCAUAGGCAUGUGCUGUUCCUCUUGCCGAAUAACUUUCCCAGAAGACCUACAGUCAGUCCGCCAGCAUGGCAUUACUUGGACACAGGUGUUAUUUUGAUCCUAUUUGUUGAUAACUGACCUGCUCAUUGUGACAUCAAGGAAGGGGACUCUUGAUGACAUAAGUUACGAAGACGUUUCCAGUAGGAAAACCACUGUGCCAGCAGUUCACCUUCACCGGUUCGAAAGGCUAACUUAAGUAGCGUUGUAGUAUUAAUGGUCCUGCAGUAGAAUCCCAAGAUAUUUCAAAUGUCCUGCCGGUCGUCUGCAAAAACUACAUUCUGUAAAAAAUGACUACCUAAGUAGUAUGAAAUUUUCAUAAUGAUUUUCGACGCUCGUAUAAAUUCAAAUAUAUUUCAUAGAAAACAUGCAAAAAUAUAUUCGUUCAUAUACUCGUUUGGUAGCAAGUGCGUCAUAUCUGCGACUAUCUCUGAUGAUGGGUUCGAGUGAGGAUCCGAAACGUCAGGCCAAUAAAUUUCUUGUUCCACUGAUCGCAUCUUCGUCUUCUGGAAUGCGUCCUUUUUACAUUUUGUACCUGAAGGAAGAGUAUAAUUCGAUUUUUAAAAACUUAAAUUCUCAAAUAAUACUGAAUUCGGUCCGUCGUGCAGGGUUCCCAAAGUACAAACUGUAUAUUUUCCGUGUGAGGAAAAUCACAAAUUUCUAUGCACUAAAGAGAUACUAUAUGGGGCUCAUAAAAUUUUACAGUGAAAUUGAGCAAUGUAGCAUACUUUGCAUGCAUCAUUAAUAAAUGCAGAGAUACAGUAGAUGUGCUAGCUCUUGAAAUGUUAACCGAAAUUCUGAAAUGUGUUUUCGACUCGAAAAGAUGACUUAAAUAGGAUUGUAAUGUUAAUUACCAUGCAGCUUAAUCCUCAGGUAUUUCAGUUACUUGGCGAUGUUGGCUUUUGAGCGAACUUGUUUUCGGUCCCCUGAAAAACUACACUCCGCCAAAAAUGACUACUUACGUUGUGCGAAUUUUUCUCAUUGAUUUCAGACGCCCUUAUAAAUUCAAACAUACUUAAUAGGAAACAUGCAUGAAAAUAUUCAUUGUUUUACUCAUUUGGUAGUAAACUAAGUCUUCGUCGAAUCUUACACUUAAUUCGACUUUAAAAAGUUUCUAAUUUCGAGAUUUUUCAAGACCAUGAAAUUCCCGGUCAUGAAACAUCGUGUCUCUGCAUUUGCUAAUAUAGCUUGUAAUGUUUAAGAUAUGGCUCAAAUCCACUGCUAAAUUUUUUGAACCCCACAUGGUCUCUUCAUAAUAGCAUGCAGAAGUCCGUGAUUUUCCGUACGCUGCAGGACUAUCUGCGCCCAGCCAUGAACUUUAUUUCCUGAUUGCACUCCCUAUGUAACGCGUUCCUGCACGUUUGAUCAAACGUUCUCCCGGGAACUACAUAAAUGACCACAUUUUGUGCGGAUUGUACAUAAUUGCACUUAUGAUCUCAGAUGUGCGUAGAAAGGACCGUCUACCGUAACCUUCGCAGUUCCACAUUGUAGAACGUUUUCUACAAACGAAUAUGUUACUGACGACAUUUUAGUAACAUGUGUGUUUAACAUUAACAUUGCAUGUGCCGUUUUCAGUAGGGUCAUCAAGGGCAUUGCCUGUCACCCUAAAUAUACUAUAUACUAUACUACUAUACUAUACUAUACUACUAUACUAUAUACUAUAUAAAAAUUAUACAUCUUGUAGUCUGGAAACCCUGAAUGCAAGUAUAACGGCAGGUCGGGUUUAAAAUUACACGGGAAUCGAAAAAGUUUUUAAAAACCGUAUUAUACCCUUUCAUCAAGUACAAAAUUCGAAGUAGACGUAAUUUUCUACUGAAUGGGUAAAAGAAUAAAUAUUUUUAUACAUCUUUCCCCUGAAAUAUAUUUGAAUUUAUAAGUACAUCGAAAAUCAAUGAGUAAAAUCUAUACUGCUUAAGUAGUCGUUUUUUUUACAGAGCGCAGUUUUUGCAGGCGACCCGGAAGAAGUCAGUUCAGAAGCCAACAUCCCGAAGUAACUGAAUUACCUUGAGAUAAUGUUACAGAUGUUUAGUAUUGCAACCCUUCUUCAGCAAUCUUUUGGAGUUGAAAACUCAGUUCAAAAUUUCGGUCAACUUUUCAUGAGAGCAAAUCCACUGUAGGUUAAUAUGCAAUUCGCAAUCAAAACGCCAUAUUUUCGAACAAAACUGAUGUAUGCCCUACCUGACACACGUAAUUCCAAAACAAAAUACUGGUACAGUUAACCAGUCUUUGUAGGCGCCACCAAUGGCAUCAUGUUUAGUGCGUGAAAAGUCCCAAAUGUUUGGAGGGAUCAUCCUGAGUCGCAGCUAGGUGCUUGGGUCUUCAAAAAUGGCGAUGCUGUUGCGUCAGGCUUAUACUGAGGUCAAAUAUACGGGGACGAUAACUUUGUGUCAAGUCAGUCAGUUCACCCUAUCGGGUCUCCAGUGUAAUAUGCGGCAUGCUUUUAAAACGUUAUGACGCUUGAAGGCUUCCAACUGGUGGGCCAGCGUUCUUCUGGGCCACGCUGCAAUGACCCCUUCUUAUUAUAGCCUUAAGUCACCUCUCAGUGACGCGAUGUCCAAGUGAUUGGCGUCAGGUCUGUUAAGAGGAAAUAACCGUGUUUGGGCACCUUCGGAGGGAGGCAUCAUUUCAACCCUACACCCAUCUUCGGUCAUUUUUAUAUCGGUUUGCCACUGGUUAGUGCUGUGCCUGGUAAGGAACUGGGGUAAGUAUAUUGCAAGUCACUCUCACUAUGAAAUUAGUCCCACGAAAUUCGCUGCUGUCCUCUGAUAGUCCUGGCCGUAAUUCAUUACGACGAGCGAACAAAAUACGGCAACUACUCCAAAUUGUCUUAUCCAUCAUCAUGUAAAUUCUCCAGUUGUUAUCCCUGUCUAAUGCUCAGUCUUCGUCUACAUAGAGUAUAUUUUCAUGACCUAAAUAUGAUCUGAAGUGUUUUUUUCCCGCAUACAGGAAUCGAUUAAGAAACAUUUGGUUUUGUAGGUGACAAAUCGACUUAUUACUACGGUUUCUUUCCCUCGAGCCCUUCCUCUAUUACCUUUUUGCUAGUUUUUUUUUCGACUUCUAAUUGCGAUCGGAUGCGAAAAUGUGGUUUCAGAAGACUCUUUCGGAUCCCUCGCACAAACUCGAACUUCUGUUCGUGUGUUAGCUUUAACAGCAACCCCCCUCUCCUCAGUCUCUGCAGAGCCAGAUCUUCCGUUGGGAUCAUAUGGAAAUAUUGAUAUUUGUGAAAGUUAGAUCAUGCGACCUUUUGACAAGGAGUUUUUUUAUCCAGGGGCUUGUAAUGUUCAGUGGUUUCACGCACUUAGUGUGCCUCUUAAAUCCCGAAAAAAGGGAGUGAUCGUGUACCUCAUGUGUGCGAAGUACAGCUCCUGUGUCAGUUAUGCACGCCAAGCAGUCAAGAUUACCCCUUCAUCCCUUUUUGCCUGCCACGCCCUCAGUCCUUUCAUACGGCAACAUCUACCGGUGCGCCGACAAAGAUGAAACAGCAAUUAAGAUAGGAUCUGCUUCUCGCAUGUUCAUGCCUCCAGCCGGCUAAACCUAACAGGGGAAAUGCGCAUUCACCCUGUUCAAGUGGUCCCAGCAUGGGUUCCAGCCAAUAGAUAAUCACCGCCAUCGUGCCGAUAUCUGCCAAAACCGCACCAAAUAUCAGUUUCUGUCAAUCAUAUGGGCUAUAUAUUCACAUGAGAAUAGGCAAACGCAUAAAAUAACUCCACCCUAGCACUGUCAACUUUUAUGCCUAGGCGGUUUAUGAUGUUCCAUUAUUUGUGACUUCUCUGAACGCAUGUUGCCGCCUAGUCUUCAGCUAUACAAACGAUACCUUUAUGUCCACCACCAACAUUUUUCGCUCACAUUUUCUAGAGGAAGGUGAUCACUCGAAUGCACCCUCCUUGCUCAAGCGCCGUCACCAAGAUAGUCCCAGAGAUGAUGAGGCUGAUGGUGACUCCAAGGAGAGACGCCUCUCCGACAGUACUCCAUCUUCAUCCUCCGGUGGGGACGCUGUCGGAGGUCCCGAGGUUAAACUGUCCCACCGCGAGCGUCUCAACCUUCCGGCUCCACCUGGCCAGCCAAGGCUGAUGUCCGGCGUGACCGGAGUUCGGACCUUGGAUCAAACUUCCUUUGAAGCACAUCACGUUCGCGAAGUCGCCGACGUUCUGCUUACUCUAGGUGCUGUUGCACCUAAGGCCACCACCUCAACUCCUGCCGCUGUGGAGGAUGUUGAUGAUGUCACAACGACCUCAUCGAAUACAGAAUCGACCUCCCUGGAGGGUAUCAACGAACAAAGCCUGCGCAGCAUUCCCCUCUUCAUUCCCAACAUCCAGCGAAGUCGGCCGCCGCGUUUCAGGGGCAGCCAGCCAGUCUCAAUGACCAGACAGAAUGCCCGUCUCAUAGUGGAUCGACCCUACGCUGUCACCUACAAGUCUGACGGCACUCGCUAUCUCCUGCUUAUCCACGGCCCGGAGAAGGUCUAUCUCAUAGAUCGAGCUAAUUUUGUCUACAAGGUGGAGACCUUGCACUUUCCAUCUGCCAGCUGGCUGCACUCUGCCCUUCAGGCUCGCAAGGAGGGCAGGAUCGUGAGUGACUUCCUGACAGAGCCGUCUUGUCAUCUGGUGAACUGCCUCCUCGACGGAGAGUUGGUGGCUUUUGAUACUCCUGAUAGACCCUUCAAAUUCCUCAUCUACGAUGCUCUGACCAUCCAGGGCUAUCCAUGUGGCCGCAUGCCCUUUGAGCACCGUUUGAAUUAUAUUGAAAAGUAUGUGGUGAGGCCGCGAAAUGAUGCCGGCCAUAAUGGCCUGGUGGACUUUACGACUCAGUCCUUCUCUGUACGCAAGAAGCCCUUCUUUCGUUUGGAUCACGUAGCAGAGGUAAGAAUGUGA